AUGAAAAUGUGUUGCGCGCUCUCACUUUUAACAGCAGCAGUGGUGGCGGCGGCAAACAGUGGCAGCACCACUGAGAUGCGGAUUCCAAUACAGCAGCAGCGGCAGCGGCAGCCGCAGCCGCAGCAGCAGCAGUGCAUCAAGUUGAAUGUUGAUGAUGUUUCUGUAGCUGAAAUCUUUCAAAAUCAUCACAAAGCUAAAUGUUUGCUCGGCAACCCGGAGUACAGCGCGCUCAUCUACGAAAGAGAUAAAUUUAUUUUGGCCCUUUGCACACUGGAGCUGCUCAUGUCCACUGGCUGUUAUGUGAUCAUAAUAAGCUCCAUGCUGCGACAAGCAAACAGUCAUGUGGCACUCUACGAUCGCAUCAAUGCGUUGGACCAGAAGUUGAUGCGCGAGUUCGGUGCAAAUUUAAAUUAUCACAAACUGAUGCUGAAAAAUGGCAUUCAGGUGGGCCUAUUGGCUCUUGUCUACCUCGCAGCUAUUUCUUUGGCAAUGAAGCAAGCACUACCAAAUGCGAACGAAUAUUUAGUCGGCAGUCUUGUUUUCUUAUAUGCAGCCAUCACCUGCGGACUCCACGUCACUUGCUAUAUGCAUUCGAAUUUCGCCGAAAUGUUACGUGUUCGCUUUCGUUUGCUACAAAAGUUACUCGAUGCGAAUUAUUUGCGCAAGAUGUUUCCGCAAUCGCCACGACGUACAGCUAGCCUUCAUAGCCUCGUGGAUAUGGUGCGUACGCUGCAUGAAUUCAUUGACUCUGUAAAUGAGGUGCAUCGCGUUGGUUUGUCAGUGGGUGUGGCGCAUGAUUUUAUGACGGUAAUAACUGUAUUGUACCUGGUCUUCGGGCAUUCGUUGGGUGAGCGUGUGAAUUACACAUUUUUUGCACAAGGCAUUUUGUGGCUAUUUUUGCCACUGCACAAAUUCAUCACCGCGCCCGUCUACUGUGACAUGGCUAUUAAAGAGGGUAAACGUUGCCUGCGUCUAGUCGAACACAUCGAUAUCCGGUUCCCGAAUGUCAAAUCAGCCAAACUGUUGGUUGAGACUACAAUGCAUUGGUGUCUGAGUAAUAAAUUUGAGUUUACUUGCGGCUUGAAUAUGAUUUACAAUCGCACAAUCAUUGCAACGAUAACGGCAGUCAUCUUUAAUUAUCUGCUCGUUGUCAUACAGUUCCGCAUGACUCAAUUAAUGGGCGAGCAAAUGGGCGAACAGAAAACCCAAAUGCAGGAUUGGAUUAUUAACGACUAA